AUGUUUGAAUUAGUCCCGACACAACUGUCGUUCGUGCAACAUGUAUCGAAGUACGUUACUACAAUUUCGAGGAAAUAAUCAGUAAUACUAAUUUCAAAUACGAAUGAUAUCAACUUUUGUUGAAAUUUGUGCUCGUAAAAUGUUCAAAGAUAGGUAUUUUUGGCGAUAAGAUAAAGAAAGGAUUCAUUUUAUUUGCGAUGUUAUUCUAAUUUAAUACUUAUUUUAAAAUGACACUGACAGACUGACAUAUUGAAAAAAUAUUUCGUUGUUAAUAUAAAAGACAAAAUAAGAAUAGUGUCUGAUAAUUUUUAAAAAUCAUAAGGAGUGAAACGAGUGAAAACAGAAACCGAUCAAAUGACUGUAUAAAGUAUAAGAAAUUUAGAAGAAGAAGAAGAAGAAGAAGAAGAAGAAAAUGGAGAAAAUGUUGAUACUCCGAUUAAUCGUGAUAUUUGGUGUAUGCUCGUCGAUUGAGUGCGAUUUGUUGGAUUUAUACGUCCAACACAUGGACGAGACAAUGAGGACGCUGGCGUAUAGGAAGACGCAUAAUUCUAAGAAUCAUUCGAGCAGGUUAAAACGUAGUCUACAAGAUGAGCCACUGUUGAGAGUUCAGAGUAUGUUCAAAAAACAACGUCUGGAUGUCGACGAGGAAUAUUGGAAGCAAAGGAACAAGGAACUUAUACCGUACGGAGAAGACGGGCUCGAUUUUCCGAACGAUAGAGAAGAAAAUAUGGAUCCCAAUCAAUACGAGUUAAUGAAAAACUCAACGGAAAAUAAUAUUUCGUUGAACACCGAAGAAACAACAAUGGUUAUGACUAUGGCCGACGAAAAUAAUGACGCUUCUGUCGAAAUAGAAUCCAUGAUAAAUGGAUCGCGAAUUGAUGGUAACGGCACUAAAGAAAAUAUAGAAUUGGACGAGUCGAACGAUAGUCUUGAAGAGUUGCAACCAAAUUUAGAUGAAUUAAAGGAAAACGUCGAAAUUAUUAAAGAUUGGAAAUUUGUAGAGAAAAAAAUAGAAAACGACGAGAAACCUGAUCAUAUCGAAAUCAUUAACGAAGAAGAAGAACAAGAAGAGCAAGAACAAGAACAAGAAGAAGAAAUUGAAAAAGUUUUGUCGGCUUCCACAGUUUUCAGUGAGACCACCUAUAAGAAAGCUCCGAAACCAUGGAGUCGCGUGCCAAAGAAAUAUUUUCCGGGCUUCGACAAGGUCCCAAAGGAAUCAUACAUCGGCAAGGGUUAUUACAUGCCAUCCAACGAAGAUGCCGACGUGAUCAGAUCAAAGAGAAGCACAAAGGAAAGAAAAUUUCCGAGGUAUGAGAGACUCGACGAGGAUGGUAACGUCAUCCUCGAAUGGGAUCCUACCGACGAGGAGACGAUCACGUUCAGGAUAACUGCGAGAACCUUGGGCUACGUUGGAAUUGGAUUCAACGAGAAGAGUCACAUGAAGGGAGCGGACAUUCUUCUCGCUUGGGUAGACGAUCACACUAGAGCUGUCAAUCUUCUGGAUUCGCACGGUAUCGAGGAGUCGAAUGCAGCACCGGUUACGGACACUUCUCAAGAUGUCCAUGUUCUCGAGGGUUUUCAAAAUGAGACUCAUACAAGCGUAACUUUUAUUAGAAAUUGGCAAACUUGCGAUCCGCAGGAUCAUCGGCUUACGGGCGAUACCGUAAGAGUUUUAUGGGCAUUACACCAAAGCGAUCCCGAAUUGAAUACGGCGAUUUGGCAUGGUGACAAACGUGGUGGAAGAGCAUUACGACUCAGGACUCCAUCGCCUCAUGCUCCACCUCAGGAAAUGCAAGAUAUAAGGCAUUGGGAUGUGAAAUUAAAUCAGUUUACGGUAUCCGACACGAUGGAUACCGUUUAUUGGUGCAAAAUCUUUAAGGCACCAUCUUUAACCAAAAAGCAUCAUAUGAUCGGAUAUACGCCUCUGGUGGAGAAAGCAAACGAAGACUUGGUACAUCACGUGAUAGUGUAUGAGUGUGCUUCAACUUCACCGAUUCUCGGUCAGCAUGCUAGAAUCGCUGGUGCACCUUGUUACAGUCCCACGAUGCCACGUGAAUGGGAAUCCUGUUUGCAGCCUGUCUUGGCCUGGGCCCGUGGUAGCAGAGGAGAAUGGCUUCCAGAUCACGUGGGAAUUCCUAUAGCCGAACACCAAGAAGGUUCUUAUUAUAUGUUGGAAGUACAUUAUAAUAAUCCUGGGUUAAAGAAAGUAAUAGAUAGUAGUGGAGUUAGAAUUCACUUAACACCAAAACUCCGCGCUCAAGAAGCAGGAAUUCUUGUUGCUGGUGUAGCAGUCAGUCCACUUCAUUUGGUACCUCCGAGACAGAAGGAAUAUGCUACGGCUGGAUAUUGUACGCCACAUUGCACGAACACGAUGUUUCCCGAAGACGGUGUAAACGUUGUAUCAGUAGUACUGCAUUCUCAUUUGGCUGGACGUCGUUUGAGUUUGAAGCAUAUUCGUAAAGGAAAAGAACUUCCUCGAAUAGUACAGGACAAUCAUUUUGAUUUCGACUACCAACAAUCGCAUACCUUGGAGAAGGAAGUGAAAAUUUUACCAGGUGAUGAAUUGGUUGCUGAAUGCGUUUACAGAACGUUGGACAGGACAAGACCUACGCUAGGAGGAUAUGCAGCGUCGCAAGAAAUGUGUUUAGCAUUCGUUGUACAUUAUCCGAGAACACCGUUAGCAGCUUGCUAUAGUAUGACACCUGUGAAAGAUCUUUUCAAAACCCUUGCCGUAUAUAGCUUCAAAGGUGUCACUAUGGAUCAUUUGGAAAAACUUUUCCUAACAACCGGAGCUGAUCCAGUGAGUUUACCUUUUACGGCCAGACAACAGCUUCCGGUUUAUCCUGCGACGAGACCUAGCGAACAAAUCGACGAGGAUAUUAUCAGAGAAGCAGAGUCGGCAUUGAAAGCAAUGAGAGAUUAUUCGGAGGAACGUGAAAGUGAUAACGUCUUUGCCCGACUUAUUAUCGAAGAACCAGAAGAAUUUCGAGGUCGAACUUUAGCAGAACAUAUACUCGCUUUACCUUGGACAGAAGAACUUCUUGCCAGAUCGAUUGAAAAAAGUCUUUAUCAUGGUAGACACAUGACAUUUUGUAGAAAAAGGGACGACAAAUUGGCACUGCCGGCAAAUAUUCAAACAUUCCCGAAUUUUACGGCAUUACCGGAACAAAACGAAACUGUCUGUAGCGAGCUCAGAAUUGCUUCAUCCGAUUCAUCCAAUAUCAGUUCAAAUGUCUUCAUCACGUUAAUUACGGUUAUAAGUAUUAGAACAUUUGUUUUCUAAGAACAUUGAAAGAAAUUUAUUAUCGUACGAAUUUGUAUAUCGGCAAAGAUUUAUUAUUUAUUGAAUUAAUCUACGUGAUAACCGAUCUCUCGUUAUUCUCGACUGUUCGAAACAAGUCGAAAAUUUUCGGAUAUUACGCUGGCCACGAUUAUGAAUCUUCCCUUUUCCUCCUCCUCCUCCGAGAGAAAGAGAAAAAGAGAAAGAGAGAGAGAGAGAGAGAGAGAGAGAGAGAAAUAAAAAGAGAAAGAGAGAGAUAAAGAGAGAAAAAUAAAAAGAGAGAG